AUGCACCCUCAGCAGCACGGCUUCCUCCAACGCUCUCACAUGUCGCUCCGUCUCAAGCUCGCCCUGUUGCGUCGUAGUCCCCCAACCUCCCACAACCAGCUCGAGGCACUUAGCCAAGCAGUCGCAAAUAAAGGGGGCGAAGUUCAAAACGUAUGGGCAUUUAUUGAUGGAACGGUGCGUGAGUGCUGCCGACCAGACGGUGAUGAGCGCCAGCGGACCGUAUUUAACGGUCAUAAAAGGCGCCAUGCUGUCAAGUAUCAGACGUUGGUGACUCCCGAUGGGAUUAUAUCCCAUGCAUUUGGACCGAUUGAAGGCCGACGACAUGACCUUACAAUCCUACGGCAGUCGAAAUUGGAGAGUGUAAUUGCUGCCGACACACGGUUUCGUGGUUUUGUGAUUUAUGGCGAUCCUGCCUAUGGCUACUCGGACCAACUCGCCUCUCCAUUUGGCGGUGCUCGUUUGACUGCUGCCCAGCGCGAAGUCAACAAAAGCAUUAGUCGUGUUCGAAUAAGUGUUGAGUGGUCGUUUGGGCAAGUACUACAAUACUGGCCUAUUGUCGACUUCAAAAAGAAGUCGCGCAUUGGGAACAGUCCGAUUGCCAAGAUGUAUAAGGUCGCAGUACUUUUGACCAACUGCAUCACAUGUGAUCGAGGACGAAACACUAACAGCGCCUACUUUGGACUACCCCCGCCAACUUUAGAGGAAUAUUUGCAUGUCAACAUGUAA